CGGAGGGAGGAUUGAGCGUUGCCGUGCCCUCUCUGCGGGCAGCCGGCUGGCUGUAAGGGCUGUAGAGGAGGGUGUGAAGCCCCAACCUCCGUUUUUUUUUUUUUUUUUUGCCGCUGUCGGGCGGUCUUCUCGUUUUUCCUCUCUUUGUCGCCCGCCGCCCUUCUCCCCUGCGGGAAGGGUGAGUGGUGCAGGCCCCCAAGAUGGCCGCCACCAUGAAGAAGGCGGCUGCUGAAGAUGUCAAUGUUACUUUUGAAGAUCAACAGAAAAUAAACAAGUUUGCAAGAAAUACUAGCAGGAUCACAGAGCUGAAGGAAGAAAUAGAAGUUAAAAAGAAACAACUUCAGAAUUUGGAAGAUGCCUGUGAUGAUAUCAUGAUGCUUGAUGAUGGUGAUUCGCUUCUGAUACCGUACCAAAUUGGAGAUGUCUUCAUUAGCCAUUCCCAAGAAGAGACACAAGAGAUGCUAGAGGAGGCAAAGAAAAGUUUACAAGAAGAAAUUGAAGCAUUAGAAUCUCGAGUGGAAUCAAUUCAGAGAGUGUUAUCUGACCUGAAAGUUCAGCUCUAUGCAAAGUUUGGAAAUAACAUAAAUCUUGAGGCUGAGGACAGUUAAAGGUUCUUUAACUAUAUCAUAAACCUUUUCCUUGUUUUAUUAAAUAUUUUGAUAGCUCUUCUCUUCCAAUAACAUUUUUAAAAAUUUCACUUUUUUUUAAAACUUUCCUGUCUUGGAUUCCACCUAUUUAAUGAGAGCUUUCAUAUUUUGGUUAUUGCAGUUAUUUAUUUGUUCAGGAAAGCGUUAGCUUCAUACUGUUGAUAAAGCACCAAGAUUGGAAUAUAUGCAUUGUUUAUUAAAGUAAUAAAGUCAGGCACAUAUUGUAGUUUCCUUGGUCUUGUUUUCAACUCCUGAAAAUACUUGAAAAAUGUAAAAACAAUAGAAAUGGGUAAUUGUUGAUUUGCAGUGUAUUAACAGUUUGUUAGAAGUUUCUCUGUAAUGUUUAGGGCAUGAUUUCAAAUUCAGCUGUGAUGCUGUUUAACCUAGUCUGAGCAGCUCUCCUGGAAAUACUAAAUCUAUCCUUUGUCUUUCAAUCUUAGCUCAAAUGUUUUCUGACCAAAGAAUAAACUGGAUAAGGGAAUCAA